GAAUGAAACAAAGCCCAUCAAUUUGCUCCAGUAACAACCCAAAGCCGAAAAAAGAGAGCGCAGCAGAGGUACGAUCAUGCACCAAUAAAUUCAUUAUCAAAGCAUAAAAGGGGAAACUUCAAGCUGAGCCCAGCUCAGCUAUAGCCCACACAAAAUUCCCUGUCUCUCCUUUCAGUCCCACUCGCUCUUCUUCUUCUUCUUCUUCUUCUUCUUCUUCCAGUACUUAGAGAGCAAACCGCCAAUUCCAUAUCCGUUCAAACAAUAAAAAACUAAGAAAAAAACCCAAACCCCAGUAAACCCAUCCGGUUGCAGGUUAAUAUGAAAAAAGCAAAUUUUUUCACAAACUGUUUUCACAUCACACUGCCAUGAACACUACACCAUUAUAGCGAUUCGCGAGCCACCCCUUCCCCUCUCACACCAAUUUGCUUUGCUUCCUACUUUCCUUCCCUCUCAAAAAACAAACAAAAACACCUCCAAAACAGAACCAGAAAAGUAUACAAGACCAAAGCAAAUACAGCUGCUUAACGCAUCCGCUCUCCUCCGAUGAGAAUUGAAUUGCGAGAGAAUCUCUGAUCGUUUUAAUUUUAACGUGGCAUUAAAGAGCUCCUGACUGAGUCUCGCAAUUCGAGCUCACUGAAACAGCAAAAAAAAAAAAGAAAACUCAACCGAACCACUGAUUCUCAGAUAUUCUUAGUACAACAAAUUUACUUUCUCUGCUGGUAGACUUCUCAUUUUUUUCAGAGAAUUCCAAAACGGCAAUGCUGACGUGCAUACAUGGUUCCAAGCAACCCGGUGACGACUCACAGAGUCAACCCGAGGAAAUCGACUCUUCCACUACUCCAAGCACUAAACAAAACCAAGCCAUCAAAUCCCUCACUUCUCAGUUGAAGGACAUGGCUCUAAAGGCGUCGGGGGCGUACAGGCACUGCAACCCCUGCACGGCGCAGAGUCAGUUGAGAAACUCCGGCGAGUCUGACGCGGACUCGGACAGGUUCAGAUGGUCGUAUCGUAGGACGGGGAGUUCCAGCUCGGUGACGCCUAGGACGUGGGGAAAGGAGAUGGAAGCGAGGUUGAAAGGGAUAUCAAGUUCAAGCGGAGAAGCGACACCGAAAUCGGUGAGUGGGCGCCGAGUAGAACCGAUCGUGUUCGUCGAAGAAAAUGAGCCUAAAGAGUGGGUGGCGCAGGUUGAGCCCGGCGUGCUUAUCACCUUCGUUUCGCUUCCGCGUGGCGGCAACGAUCUCAAGCGGAUACGCUUCAGUCGGGAAAUGUUUAACAAAUGGCAAGCUCAAAGAUGGUGGGCAGAGAAUUAUGACAGGGUCAUGGAACUUUACAAUGUCCAGAGGCUUAACCGCCAGGCUUUUCCACUACCAACACCCCCAAGAUCCGAAGAUGAGAUCUCAAAAAUGGAAUCAGCAGAAGAAAGCCCUAUAACACCACCAUUGACUCGAGAACGCUUACCUCGUAAUUUAUAUCAUCCAACAAGUAUCGGCAUGGGGUACUCAUCCUCAGAUUCACUUGAUCAGCACCCAAUGCAAGCCCGGCAUUAUUGUGAUUCUGCUCUUACCUCAACCCCAAAACUUUCCAGUAUUAGUGGUGCCAAGACAGAGACAUCAUCAAUGGAUGCCUCUAUGAGGAGUAGCUCAUCAAGAGAGGCUGAUCGUUCCAGAGAGCUAUCCAUCAGCAAUGCCAGUGAUCUUGAGACUGAGUGGGUUGAACAAGAUGAACCAGGGGUUUACAUAACCAUCAGAGCCUUGCCUGGGGGCAAAAGGGAGCUUAGGCGAGUUAGAUUCAGGUAUGGUUCUAUGAGUUUCUUUAACUUCAGUGAUAGUUGGUUUGCCAUGAAACAACUAAUAUUGACCAGGACCAUCAUUACUGAUAGAGAAAUGUGUUUGUGUGAAUUUAUCAGCCCCAACCAUCAAAAUGUUAUUGGCAUCUAACAUCUUAGAAAACUUGCAACAUUUUAAAGUGCCAGAAAUAGCAGGUUGUGGUUUGAUCCUUGUAGUCACUGAAAGUGCAUCUUACAAGCUGAAACUGUUUAAAUCGAAUUUAGAUUAGUUCAUAUGCCUAAUAUUUUGAUUCCCUAAGUUUAAUAACAAUUGUUGCUAGUUGAAAUCCAGGUUUUGAUGUCACCCAUGUGAUGAAUUUUGUUUGAUGGCAUUUUCCUUGCAUAGAUGUGAUUGAACCUACUCUUUCCUUUUCUGUGGCUAGCAUACUUUCUAUUGUUUCAUUAACUUUGCUGUAGAGAUUGUUACAUAUCAAAUUAUCUGGCAGUAAAUCUGCUACCUAUUGUGGCAAAUUCCAGUGAUCUAUUUUAUGCAUAGUUGUCAUUGGCAAAGUCUUUCUGCUUGAUUGAAUUAUAUUGGAAUUUGAUAAAUU